AUGAGCGUGAAUAACACACAGGUACCCUCUGGGACUAACCUAGCCACACCACCAUCUUCUCCAGAAAAGGGUGUUGUUGAAGCUCAAGAGAAAACUCCCAAGAAAGCCCAAGAGAAAGACCCCAAAAAGAACGAGGAAAACUCCUCACCAAAAGUCGACUCCGACGCAGUCAAACCAGCAUCGAAAUGCACCCCCUCAGCCCAACGUCCAGACUGGGUACUCAAAGGUCUCAUACCCAGCUCAGGACCAACAUCCCUUUACAAAGCCAUGGAUCCCAACCGCUUCCUCGAAGACCGCGCUCCAGGCGAACUCCACCAAUGGCCACCCCGUCCCAACGUCGUCAACACCGUCGCAACUCUCGAACACGACAUGCGCAUCGCUAUCAUCCCCGAGAUCCAACUUCCCAUUGCUUUUUUUCACGUUUAUGCGAAUGGGACGCUGAAGAUUGAGGGCCGGUUCGCGAGGGAGAUUUUCAGAAUUGGGAUCACGGGGAGGUAUAAUAAGCGGAGCACUUCGUUUGGGGAGAAGUUGGCGAGGCUGAGGAGGCUGGUUCGAGAGAGGAGGAGGAAGGCGAAGAAGCCGAAGGAUGGGAAGGUUGAGUAUAGGGAUAGGGUGAGGGAUAGGAUUAGGGAUAAGGUCAAGGAGAUGGUGUUUCGGAGUGCGAUGGAGAAGUGGGAGAGUGAGGGGAGUAGUAAGAGGCCUGUUUUGUCGAGGGUUUCGACGCCUAGACAAAGGUUCGCUUUUGUGCGGGGGACAAGGGUUCCGCAGGAGCGGGUGCAUUUUCCUGAGUUGAAUGUUCCGGAGGUUGUGGUGGAUGGGGAUGAUGUGCUUUGGAAGGAGGAUUCCAUUUUAAUUCAGAGGAAUUCUGGACGGAAGAUUCUUGCAAAUGCUACUUUGUUCGUCCCGGAAGAUUGGAAGUUAUUCAGGGAUUGCGAGAAGUUGGGUGCCAGAAUAAGUCUUAGUGAGGAGGAGGAAGCUGUUAUGGAUGAGAGUACUUUAAGCGAAGUCGAUAUCGUGAAAUACCAAUUAAGUCGUGGACGAUGGAUGUGGAUAUAUCACACUAACCGACUCCAUGAUCCUGAUAUCAACGCUGGAUUAACUGAGGAUUACGAAUUGGCAAGAUACUACGACAUCCUCAAGAACGACCAAUCUCUCCUCCAGAAACUGUGCAGUGGCAUCCCAUUUACCAGAAAUGAUAGGAUUAUGCUACAUUCUUAUGGCAUCGAAAAGUUCCAUGUCACACCGCUGUUAAAAUACGCCAGCAUCCUCGCCGCCAAAGAUGAAAAUUAUUAUUCGCCCAUCCAACCAGGUAUCGAAAUCGACGUUCCAUCCACCGCUCAGAUCAACUGCGUACAAGAAAGCCGCAUCACACAGACUCUCCUAGGGAAAACACCCGUCAAGCCCCCACCACCGAUCUCAUACAUAGCCAUCCCAGAGGACAAAUCCAUCAAAACACUCCCCUCGGAACGCGAAAAUUCAUUGCCCGUGGAAUUGUCUACCAAACCCACCAAAGGCAAAGAAAAAGAGAAAAUCCCCAACGCCCUCUCCAAACUCAGCGACCGCAUAACCGCUCUUCUAAAAUUCCAACUCAAAGAGCCAAAGGGCAAGCAGCCAGUCCGCCCCCAAACAGGCCUAACCUACCACCGCCGUCCCAACCGCCGCCCCCGACCCAUCCUCCGCGGCCAUCCCCCCUCCAAAGUCAAAAAAGCCAGACGCUUCGGCGGCAGGCCCGCAAAGCCUAGGACUGCAAAACCUCCCCAUCCCACAGGCACACCAAGAACCGCAAAGAGCUCCCCCCUCAAACCAUUGAAUCGCACCACGACGGUCCCCGCACCAGAGUUCCUUAAUAUGUGUCCGCCCUGCUCGCAGUACGCGAGUGGCAGCCAGCAUUCGCCGAUUGAUUGCGUGAGGAUGUUUCGGCCGGUGGAUUGGGGUCGGUAUCCGGAUCCGAUGGAGUCGGAUGAGGAGAGUGAGAGUGUGAGUGAGAGUGUGAGAAGGCUUUUGGGGAUGCGGCCACAGAUCAGGGUUGAGAGGUGUGUUUUUGUGGGGGUUAGGGGGGGUUCGCUUAUAGGGGAUGAGAGGGAGGGGGUUGAGGAGGGGAGUGGGGGUGAGGUAAGGAAGGGGGAGAGGUUGGAGGGGUGGACGGAGACGGUUGUUAAGGCUGGGAAAAUGGAGAGGGGAGGGAGGACUGGAGGGUCUGUGAAUAAGAGAUUUGAGGGCGGGAAGUCGUAAGUCUAAAUUCUCUUUCUAUCUGUUGUUUGUGGAGCUAUCAAGUAUGCUCUCAUCAAAUCCAUGUCUUCGAUUAAGCGAGCGACACCAACAAUUCCCAUUCUUACAUUCCUCUCAAACAAAUUCCCUUCAACUUUCCAGCACAAUCCCUCAUGACACACCAAAUUCUAACUAACAUCCCUUCUCAGAUCCUCUUCUCCCUCAAAUCCGCGCCCUGCACCCUCGCUACCAGCGAACAAAAAUUCUUCAAGCAACCAAAAGGCGAUAGCUAAACCUCGUCCGAAAGUGCACUUCGCGCCAGUGCCACGGGGAAAGAGACUCCCUGUGGAUAGUAAGCGAAGGAUUAGUGUUUAG